AUGGAUACCUUUACACGACAACUAAAAGAAGAGUAUGAAAAACGUCUUCAUGAAUUGAGAAGAUCGCUACAUGGUGAAAAAGAAAGAUAUCGACAACUUGGUUUUCAAUACAAGCAAGUUGUAACACAGCUGAAAAAAGUUCAGAGAGACAACAGAGGUAUGGAAAAUCAACUGAAAGCUUUGAGAAAGUGUGCAUCGUGCUCUCAUCUUGAUCAACGAAGCAAAAGUUACAAUGCUUUGAAUGAACUUUUACGAGGAUCUGCAGCUGCUUUGCAACCAGAAGACAUAGUAUCUGGUGGCUCCUUCAAUAGAGAUAAUGAAUUAAAAGCUGCAAAAUUGGCGAAUAGUAAUCUUCAACAAUGUGUAGAUAAAUUGCAAAGUGCACUGAGAGAAAAAAGUCGUGAAGUUGCUCUCAAAGAAAAAUAUUACAAUGAAGCAAUUUUGGAACGUGAAGCACAAAUAACUCAACUUCAAAACGAGCUCUCAGCGCAGCAGACAAAAGGUCAUACUUCACAAUCUAUGGCUCAACAACAUGCACAAAUGAAACUAGAUAUGUUACUUAAGGAAAGGAACGAACUGUUAGAUCGAAUAACCCGCUUGGAAGAAGCGAAUCAAAAUAUUAUGCAUAAUGAUUUUCAAAACGAACAGCAUGAAGAAAGAAAUUUAAUACCAUCUGAAAAAGAUGGUAAGGAGUACUGUGAGUACUGUCGAAAUCGAAAGCAAAGUUGGAAUAGAAUGCUUAAUGCAGAGCAAAGUUUAAAUUAUUAUUUGGAAAAAGAUAAGGAUAAUAUAGGUUGUUCUCCUCAAGAAAUUGUUUUAAGGGACAGAAUUCAGGAGCUUUCUUAUUCUUUGAAAAUGGAAAGAGAGCGGAAUAAAGAAAUGGAGAAUACGCUAAAAGCUGAAAAUAAUAAGUUGCGAAAUGACUAUCAGAAGUUAUAUGGACAGUAUGAGUCUUUGACAUUAGAAUUGAGCAAAAGAGAAUCAGCACGCGUGUUGGAAAGUAAUGUGGUACACUUUGAGAGACAGUUAAAGAAUUUGACCAAACAAAACGAAAUAUCGCUACAAAAAUGUGCUGACUUGGAACGUGCAAAAAAUUUGAUUUUGCAAGAAAAGUUAGAGCAGUUAAAAAUCAACGAAAUAUUGCGUAAAAGACUGACUCGUUUGGAAGAAGAUCAGAAGGAAAAAAACAAAAACUAUGAUAUGCAAAUUGAAGUGUAUCAAGAGCUAAUAAAACAAAAGGAUCAAGAGCGUGGAGCACUUAUUGCUGAACUGUAUGCUGCGGCUCAUCCAAAAACUAUUCAUAAUUCGUUAAAAGAAUUAGGAGAUGAUAAUGCAAAUGCGAUGGAACAUCGUAAAUUGUUGAAACAGCUGCAGGAGAUCAAUUUUGAAAAAGAUAAGAUGGCUAAUAAAAUUACUAAUUUGGAAUUAGAGUGUCAGUCCAAAGCAGAUCAGUUACGAGCCAAAUCAAAAGAGGUUGAAACUGAGAUUGUUUUGAAAAAAUCGCUUCAUGAUGAUCUUUCCAAAGCGCGAACUAUGUUGUUAGAUAAGGAAUCAGAAAUACACGACUUGAAUAAUGGAUUGAAAAUUGCUGAGGUGAAAAUGAUGAAGCUUGAAACAGAGCUUGCGAAUGCAAUAGAUCGUUUACAAGUCGAACGAACUAUUGGUACUUCAUUAAGGGCAACUUUAGAAGAACUAGAAAAUCUGUUGCGAGAAAAAAAUGCAGCGCUUUUCGCUGCAUCACAGGACCGACAACACUGCACAUCGGAAAUUCAGAAAAUGAAAGAAUUAAAAUAUGACAUGCAAACCAAACUGUAA